UAUAUCAGGAAGAAAGUUGGGUUUUACACUAAUUGCAUUUUUAGCAAAAAGAACGUCCAAAUUAACAACGAGGCUUAAUAAUAUACGUAAAGACAUGUAUAUUGGUAUCAUAUUCACGUGUACAUAAGUGACAACUUUUAAAACUACCACAGUUUUGUACGAUUCGUAAUAAUAGGGCGUGACCUCUUCCUUCAAAACAAAAACAAACGCCAUUUGAACAUUUCAUCAGGCGUAAGUUCAUCAGUUAAGUACUGUGACAACGCCUCGUCUAUCCCAUUAUAUAUUUGUUUGUUGUAAAGUGCAGAUAUGAUGGGUAUGGGCGAUAACCCGGUGACGUUGGUGGUGAAAGCACCAAAUCAACGAAUAGAGGAUCAAACUAUUGAUUGUUUCUUGGACUGGACUGUUAGAAAACUGAAAGAGCACCUUGAAGCAGUAUAUCCUAGCAAUCCAAAACACAAUCAGCAGAAAUUGAUUUACUCUGGCAAAUUGUUGCCUGAUGACGUCACAUUAAAGGAGGUUCUGAGACAGAUUGAUGAAGCUGCCCUUCACACAGUCCACUUAGUUUGUUCUCACAGUGAUCUUGCGGCGGCUGAAAGUUCAGACAUGUCAUCAGCUGGAUCGGUGCCAAGUACCCCAUCAGGAUCCAAUUACUCCACAGUUUCAUCCUCGUCCUCUGACGGUCUCAGGUACAGAGGUUCCAAUCCCGUCACUUACGGAAACACUCAAGCCAAUGUGUUCAAUCCUGGUGCCGUGCCUGCUGCGAUGUCCAACCCAGCAGUACACAAUCCAAUGAUGGCUGGUUUUACACCAGCUGGCUCUCCGAUGAUGAUGCAGCCCCAGGCUGGCUACUACACACCCGAACAGUACAUGUGGAUGCAGCAGAUGUAUUCACAGUACAUGGCACAGUACAUGCAAUAUUAUCAGACUAUGAAUCCAUCUAGACCCGAUAUACCAGUUGCCCCGGCAACGCCAGCUGCCAACGAUAUACCAGCCAAUCAGAACAGGCCUGCCAAUGGUGCUGCGGCCAAUCAGAACGUGCGUAUGAAUGCCCAGGGUGGCAUGGUGGAUGAUGACGACGAAGAAGACAUCGAACACCGCGAUUGGCUGGAUUAUAUUUUUGUGUCUUUCCGCUUCCUCGUGCUAGUCAGCAUCGUCUACUUCUACUCGUCGCUCAGUCGAUUUGUCUACGUCCUCGGCGGGUUCUUCUUUAUAUACUUGUUACAGAAUGGAUGGGCGAUGCUUCGACAGAAUGCCAGAGCGCCACCUGCCGAGGAACAACCUGCACAGGCUGAGCCGGCGGAAGCGCCCCCUGCCAACGAGCCUGAUGGGGCCGAGACAGAAGACACGACACCACCACAGGAAGGUGAAAAUAGCGGUGAAGUGACGGCGGAGCCCGCAUACACAGAAACUGCAACCACGUCACCGCCGGCGCCCGAACCAGAGAAGCUGGGCGCGUUUGCAGUUUUCUGGAGUUUCGUGUCCACGUUCUUCACAUCCCUCGUGCCUCAGCAGCCUCCUGGUGUCAACGGCAACUGAUGGCAGGUCGUCGCAUGCCAAAAGACAUAAUACUUUGUGUUUAAAAAAACAUCAGUUAUGUAUUAACACCAUAGCUAGGAUCCUUAUUUUGUGAUUUCUUCUCUCUUUUUUUAUUUGAAAAGGGUUAUUUGUGUGAAGCUAACACAACUAACUUGAUGUGCGCUCGUUAUCUUCCAGUUGUAUCAUGUAUAUCCAAUGGCUCUCGCAGUUCAUUUAUUUUUGUAGAGCUAUCGGCGUUUCCAUGAUGUUGAGGUAACACAGAUUUCAAGCCAUGUACAUUUGCUGAAGACGUAGUUAUUUUCCUGUCGGUGUGGGUCCAUUCGCAGUAAAUCCAUUACCCUGGAUAUAGAUUUGGGGACAGAAACGCCUGUAUAUUUUAAUCAUUGGCCAGUUUUAAGACGAUUUAUCAUCUAUCGCGUAAUAUGUAAUAAUUGUGUAUCUUGUCGAACCAUUUGUUUUUUCACAGCUAUGAAGUGGGUAUAUUGUGUUUAAAAAUAAUGGUCUUCUAAGAUGGAUGUAUUAUUAAUACAGGUAAAUUUGCAUUAUAUGUUUUGGAAGAAUAUUAAGUCCAUCAAUGUGGGUGUCUAUUCAGGGGUCGAAAUUCCGCCGUCCCAACCGGUUUUUCCUGGUAAGCAUCACCAUGGGCUGAGGGAUGUUUUUACCUAUCCUCUCGUCGGACCGGCAAUUAUUCCCACAUUACUCUCGGGCAAUCAUGUUUGGUCCGACAGUUUUUCAUUCAGGCCGUCAGAAUUAUGGACUUAUAGUCCAGCAGGAAUUUCAGACAAUUUCGACCCCUGCUAUUUCAUAGAGGUGACUGGAUAGAUUUAUUUUUUCAAAUUCGGUAAAACAGAAUACAAUAGUGCAAUAUUUUUCUAUGGUGCUCAUGAUAAUAUGGGCGUCUGUGUUUAGAUUUCACCGUUUUGUACCACAUUUGGAAGUCUUGAAAAUAUUGUCUUGGUAUGUAUGAUUUUGGCAAUUCAUUUUCAACUUUGUCCAGAUCCAUAUGUUUAUCUGGGAUUAUAAUUGUUUCCUCACAAUGAAUUGCUCAUAUUGAUUUGGUGGGGGGGGGGGGUUAAUGGCUGUAUAAUUAUUGGCUAAUUUAUUUUAGUUUCACUAUGAUUGGCUUACGUCUAACAGCACAUUUGAGAAAUUUCUAAAAAUAAAGAAAAUUUAUAGUUUAUGUAAUGCUCGGCAGUUCUGUUUCCAACAGUUAUCUCUUACCUUGGCUCAGUUCUUUAAAACUACAAAAUCUGGCUUAAAAGGUUUUUUGAAAAAAGCAAGCACUUUGUUUUUUUUUUCUUUUUCUUUUUUUUAUUAUAGCUUUGGUCAUUUUCGUAGUCUUUGUUUCUUCAUGCAUGUCCCACAGUUCUGUUGAUUAUUUCUGUGUUAUAUUUUAUGUAUCGUUAUUUGUUAAAACUAUUGUAUGUCGGUUUUGUAAAAGUACAUUGUCCUGUUAUAAGACCGAAUGUUUUGUUAUACUAUAGAAGUUUUGUGUGGACAGUAUUUGUUCACCUUUUAUUGCACUUUAAUUUUCUAAAGUGGGAUCCUUUUGAUAUCGUUAUUUCUUUUUCUUUGUCAGUUUCUCUUAUCAUUCUGUUGAUUAAUUUUCAGAGUGCUGUCAGAUUUGAUUUGUAAAUGGGUAUUCAUAGUGUGCCGGUUCACUACAAACUCGAGCAAGAUUGGUUAAGAUGUUACUACAAUGUAAUGAUUUAUGGCAUUUGUAUCACAAUACAUAUGUUGUACAUUAUAUGUAAUUCGUAAUACAUAUGUUGAACAUUAUAUGUAAUUCGUAAUACAUAUGUUGUACAUGUAUGUUGAACAUUAUAUAUCAUUCGUAAUGCAUGUAUUGAACAUUAUAUGUAAUUACCAAAAAUAGUUUACACAACUUUGCAACUAGGGUCCGUGCCAUUGGUUAUUGAAAUUUGUGACCCACGUAUCUGGAUAUGUAUAAUAUCGCGACCUACCACUAUCGUUACAUCUCUAACCAGGGCUGGAACUUAAGAAUUUGUUACCUACAGCAGUUUUAAAAAAUAAUAAAAAUGCCAUCGACAAAAUGCUCACCUACAACAAUUUUGAGUAAUUUUUAAACCAAUGACUUUUGCAACAAAAAAACAACUUAAAAAGCCAAAAAUAAUGCCCUCGGCUGGCGGUAAUAGGUUAUAUCCAGGAGCCAAAUACUUUCACCUGUAAAGUCACUCAAUUAUGACAAUUGCCAAAUCCUGUCUCUUAAAAAAUAAUAAAUAAAUAAUACCAAAGUUUUGUCUUUACUUGACAUUAACAGAACUUCACUCUCAAAGCGAAGGUGUGAUUUUUGUUCCAAGCAGAUUGACAGUAGUGUGAGGCACAUGUAUAAUAUAUAGAGGAUUCGUGGGAGUGUUUUGUUAAUAUGUCGAGACAAAUACUGAUUAACAUGGACUCGGUUGAUAUUUUACAUAAUGAAAACACAAGUAGUGUAAUUCUAUUCAUAUAUCCUAUCACAGUUCUAAAGACGUUGCCUCCACCAAUAUGUCGUCAUCGUGAUGAGCACAAAUGUAGUUUGACGUCCACACUUUAACUGAACUAAAUCUUAUCAAAAUGUUACCCGCCGGUGUACAGGUCUUGACCUAUUGACAGUAAAAAAUUAUUAAGCGAGUUAAUAAUAAACAAUGAUGGGACUGUGAUGAGACCGAUACAAUGUGUUAUGGAGCAAAAAACGUAAUACAGAGAUCGAUAUUUUUUGCACUCCAUAUACCAUCAUAUUGGUUUUAUCAGAGUGCCAUCAUUGUUUUAUUUAUGAGCAUUUGAGCUCUAUGGAGUCUAGUAAGCACAAGUAUAAUUGUACUAUGAUGUCAUGCGUGAAACAUGAUAUCAUCUGUAAGACUACAAUUUCUGAAUUCUGUCGAGCAAACCGAUAGCACUUGCUGGUCAGUGCUAAGGGAAUUCCGUUUUACACCACAAGUAGUGCAAUAUCAUGAUUGAUGGGUUUACAAAACCACAGAGCACUGCAGUAUGAUCUCAAACGGAAUGUAGAAUAUGCAGGAGGUAAUAAUCAGAUUAGUCCAAAGAAAUUUUAAAAAUCACCACCAAGAAACAACCAAUUACAAAUCAUAUUGUAACAGACAAAAGUCAGGUAUCUGCCAUCAUCAGUAUUACCAAGAAUUUGUUAAAAAAAAUUGUAACCGUCAUUAUUUUUCCUUCCUUUAUCUGGCUUUUAUUUUUUUUUUUUUUUUUUUUUAAUUAUAUUUGUUUUCAAAAUUAUCAAGUUGAUCAAAUUUAAGUCAGAAAUCGUUCCUCAGAAUUGAUUUGAAAUAUAUCAUAUGUUGUUAGUCUGUCUUGACUUGCCACCUCGAGUCUAGACCAGACCUUUAUAAUUAAAGUGUGAAACUAUUCCUGGAAUUCAUGUUCCAUGGUUUGUGUAGUCUUCUGUGUCAAUAGUAUGAUCCAGACAGUAUAUUUUGCUCUUAGGUGGUACUUAGAAUAACAGUUUAUGCUAAUUUUAUGAAAUCCAUAUGCCAGUGUACAUGUAGUUUAUUAUUAACAUGCUUAUAUUCUCUUGUUUCAAUACAUUGUAGCAGUUACUCCAGGCUAUUUUAUUAUGUUGUACUUGAUCUGAAAAUACCUUGGAUUGUUCCCCUUGGGGGAAGUGUGGGUUUUUUUUAGCUCCCUUGUUUUUAAAUUAUUAUUUCAGUUUUGAUAUUUCAAAACUGAUCUCUUGGAAUAAAUGCCAAAUUUUUAAAAUGAAAAUUAAUAAAUGGCAUUAGGGCUAUUUUUUUGUUUAAAACCUGAUAUUACUUGUAAUUAGUUCAGCUGUCUCAACUUUUAGGGCGUAACCGGUUAUUUGGGUGUUGUAGUGGUUAAACCAUCGGACUUACGGCUGGUAGGUAAUAAUGGGUUCACCUCCCAGUCCCAGCGCCCACACAGCGUGAGUUUAACAACUCAGUGCAUAGAUGUAAGACCACUGCACUGACGUCUCUCUCAAUAACUACUAAAAACUGACCACUAACCCACUGUCAUGGACGGACAGUCCAGAUAGCUAUGGUGUGUGCCCAGGACAGCGUGUUUGAAUUUAAUUGGAUAUAAGCACAAAAAUAAUUAUAAAUGAAAAGAAAAUGUAAUGAAGAUUAGUUGCCAAUAAGACGCAAUACCUCUGGGUAAAACUCCCAAUGUUGAGAAAUUUUGUGAUUAACGUGUUAUUUUCAUUAAAUUAUCGUUUGUACUCUUAAGUGUUGCUGGUUGCUAAAUAUAACAUUUAUUUUGUUAUGGUUAUACCAGGAAUGAAUAAUAUUUUCCCCCAAGAUGUCAGUUUGAAAAAAACCGAGUGUUUUAUGUUUCAAAUACUUGUGUUGCACAAGUGUAACUACAUCCAUUUACAAUACGCAAACACCUGCCUUUAAAAAAACAACAGGUUUUUGUAAAUUCAGCCCAACAAUGUUUGUAAAAAAAGUUUUCAAAUUUGAAAUUAUCUUGGUUGAGAAAACCAGGGAUGUCUAUGAUUGUGUUUGACUAAUUAAUGUGUUUACCUCUGUCUGUGAUUCUAACAAAGACAAUCCCUUUGUAAGAUUAACUCUCUUUUCAGUUAAUGUGUACACGUGUAAGUAGAUUUCAGAUUUUUACACAUUUAUUUAACUAAUCUCGCUUGCUGCUACAGUUAGUUGUAUGUGAUAAAUAGUAUAAAUAUGUAUAUUGUACAUACUGCUGUAAAUAGGUUGAUAAUGUGUAUGUUGAGGAUAGAACUCGUUUACGAGUUUCAGAUGAAAUCCGCAGGUCUCAGUGAUAAGCUUGAAAUCCAUAUGCCAGACAUAUUUGAUUUGUUGUGUUAUCAUCCAGUGUUCUCUCACGCCAUCUUAGAACUUAUUUUUGUUUUGUUUUAUUAUUUUUUAAAUUUAGUUUGCUGCAACCCUAACACAUCCCAUUUUACCUGUGUGUCCCACAGGUAAGUUUUCUUUGUUUUGUUGUACAUGUUCAGAGGGAAAAUUGGAAUGAAAUAUAAAUAAUUACAGCUGAAGAAAACAUGAGAUUUAUCUUUUGAGUUAGUUUAGGUGAUUAAAAAAAAUACUAAUAAUUUGGUUCAGUUAAUCAGAUUGCAGUAAACAGUAUUUUUUUUUGCUGAAAGGUUGGCCAUGAACAAUUUGUUACAAGUUAUGUGUGCAGUCUUCGCCAAGAAAGGCAAGUAAUCACUCCCACUCUCCUCACCUGGAAAGUUUUAGGAGAGUGCAAAUUGGUCGCCUUGUUGCAGUAAAAUGUUUUAUACAUUUUAUCUGAAACUGUCUGUCAUUGCUUGCCUAGCACCAUUUUGGGAGAGUGAUCUACAACUCGACUAGGGUUUGCUGAUGCUGAAUACCUUUACAAGAUUGCCUAAACAGUAAUGUUUGGUUCGGGGGCAUUGUACAGACUCCUGGCCCGUACUUAUAAACCUUAUAUUAAAGUCCAGACUUUAACGUCAUGGCAACACCAUUCAAAUAGGUAAUGGUUCUUGGCUAACUUUUCUUUUCCUUUAAAACAUGAACAUUGAAUAGUCAUUUUAAAAUAAGGCUCAAGACGAUUGUAUAGAGUAGUUUUGAAGUCUUAAAAAUGCCUGUGGUUAUGUCCGUUUUUGCAAUGUAUUUUAUUUAAUCAGUCUAGUGUUGAAAGUUUUGUUUAAUCUGGGGGGGGGAAAUGUAACAGAUCUGGUUUGUGUAUGUUUUAUGUGGAGUUAGAUCCAUAAACAUGUCUCAUUGGUGAAUGAAUAAAAACAGUACAUUCAC